AUGGCUUGCCUGGUGGCCCCAGGCGCUCUGCGCGUUGCUGCUGCUGCUGCUGCAGUUGCUGCUGCUGCUGCUGCUCCUGCUCCUGUACAUUCUGUUUUAUCUGAGGGCCCCCUAGGCACAGGCGGCCUAUCAAUCGGCGCCCGAAACAGCAGCAGCAGCAGCAGCAGCAGCAAAAGCAGCAGCAGCAGCAGCAGAAGCGGCAGCAGCAGCCGCAGCAUGCCUCGGACAGCAACAAACGCAGCAGCAGCAGCAAGUGCAGCAGCUGCUGCUGCUCUUGCUGCUGUUGCAACCGGCAGCCUUAAUCUAAACCAAGAGGAUUCCAUAGCAGCAGCAGCAGCAGCAGCAAAUGUUUUAUCUCGGCGGAGAGAGGGGCUGCUGAAGGCCUUGGGUGUUGCUGCAGCACCAGCAGCAGCAGCAGCAGCAGCAGCAGCAGAUAGCUGCUUCAGACCCAGUAGCAGCAGCCGUGCUGCUGCUGCUGAUACCGCCUGGGUGCGGAGAUGGGCUACUAGCCAUCUGCAGCAGCAAGUGCAGCAGCAACAGCAGCAGCAGCAGCAGCAACAGCAGCAGCAGCAGCAGCAAGUGCAGCAGCAUUUGGUAGAGCCGCAGCAGCAGCAGCAGCAGCAGCAGCAGCUGAAGCAACGGGUUUCGUUUGCUGCUGGCUUGCUGCCGCGCCGUCUAUCAACAAGUUUGUUCGGGUGUAUAUACAGGAGACCUGUUGCUGCUGCUUUUGCUGCUGCUGCAGCAGCAACUGCAGCAGCAACACAAAAUAAACAGCUGCUGCCGCUGGGGCCCCUCUGGGCGCGAAGGCUGCAGCAGCAGAACCUACAGAUGAGGCGAAUCGUAAGCAGCAGCAGCAGCAGCAGCAGCAGCAACACAAAUAAUAAAUAA